CCGCCUAAAAAGGGGUUAACUAAUAAUCUUUAUUCAUUUCAAUUAUUAUUUGUCCCUGUGUUGCGUUUUUGAGUCAUUUGUAUUUUUAUUUUGAAAACCGGAAGUUUAUUUUAUAAAGAAACCGGAAGUAGUGCUCUGUAAUACUCACUCUCGCCUAGCGAGUUAAUACGUCUGGAGCCCAGGCUUCUGUUUUCUCCCGUGUGGGUGUUAAACGAGGGAAAAAGAAGUCCGAGGACCGAUAGGGAAGCAUUGUGUUGCCCUGGUUUUCUGGUAGAAACCCCCUUCCUUGGUAAGCUAGCUCUGAAAAGUUCUCUGUGAUUGUGUGUGUGGAAAACACCACGAGGUGAAUGAUGCUAGGCUUUUGCACAUUUUAUGUUGUUUCUGGUGAAUGUAUUUCAUGUAAAAUGAAUUUAUUUUAUGGUUUAAAAAGAGAAUUCAUACAGAUUUUGUAUAUUUCACUAAAAUAGGCACUUUGUGAAACUUUUACACUGUUAAGCGCAUGGUCAUUUUCUUUUGUGAUUAACUCACAGUGAAGUUCAUUUUAAGUAAAUUAACAUGGUUAAAAGCAGCAAAGCUGUAAUACAUGUCAAUGUUGUCAUUUUAAAAACAAUGUAUUUCAUUUAUUUUCAUUUUAAAUGAAAAAGUUAAAUGUUAAAAAGAGAUACUACAUGCUGAAAAAGUGAGUUAUACGUAUUACCUUAAAGGUAAUGUGUCUUUCAUAAAUUAGUGAGUUCAUAAGUAAAAUGUGGUCCCAUUAUUAAAAUUCACUGUAAUUACUAAGGGUUAAAAUGCUAUAUUUUGACUGUUUUGAAUUGAUUAAUGGGAAAAUAACAAUUGUUACAUUUUUGUAAACAAUACUACUUCAUUUUCCUAACUGAAAUGGAAGUUUUAAUGUUGUACAACACCUGGAAACCUAUUUAGAUUAUUUUGCUCAUAUUAUCCUGGAUUAUAAACCUGUUCUUCAUACAGGUCAGGUCUUUUUGUGAUGCAAGAAAGAAUCGAGAAAUACCAGUCAUCCCACAAGGCGGACUGGCGAUCCAUUUGAUGGCGAGCCUCCCAUGACGAACUGUGGAAGUCCACCACACCGCUUAGCAAGUGGAUCUGGUGGUAGGAUCGUGCAAAUCUUGUUGUCCAACAACAAGAUACCCUUCCUGCAUACUUACUCAUGACUUUUGACUAUUCCCCCUGACUUUUGACUUGAACAAAUCUUGGAUCGGCAAAGAUCAGUACUCAUAAGGAACACUUUGAAAAAGACAAUUUAUUUCAUUUUUUUUGUUAUUGGGCCCAUGGUUCUGUGCACAGUAUUUUUUGUACACUGUUAAAAAUAAUUUUUGCAAAACUAAAAGUUACAACUUUACCACUUUAAAUCUGUGUUGCUUCGUUAUUACUUAAACUCACAGCUCCUUACGAACCUAGUAGUGACGUGUACAUACCUUGAAGUGGGUUACACGGUAAAACGUGGCGAGCCAGCCAGGAGCUUUGAGUUAAGUAAUAACCUGGAGGCCCUUUCAACUAAAAGUGCGCACAAGUGUGAACUAGUAUUUUUCCAAAUUAUGCCAAAAUGGAUGUGAUUGAGAGAGAAGGUAUAAAGGUUCCCAAUGCAGUCAUUGUAUCAGGUUUGACAAAUACUGAACUUGACGAGGAGAUUUGUGAGUUUUUAAAGCAAUUUGGGUCUAUUGGCAGAGUAAUCAAGGUUUCAGACAAAAUGUCUGCGUUGUACGGUAAGGCUCUUAUAGAGUAUGCAUCUGGUGCUGCUAUGGAGACAUUUGAGAAAGAUUUACCUAUGGAUAAACUUUGUGAUUCAGAUAAUACUGUUGUCUUUCACAUUGAAGCCCUAGCUAGUGUAUACUCAAGUGAAAAAAGUACCGAUCUCACCAAAACUUUUCUGUCAGACCUGCAAAAUGUUGCUAAACUCAGUGGAAAAUCUUUUGAACUCCUGUUACAGGAGGAGCUAACAAGAAUCUCUGGAUUAAUACAAGAACAAAGUGGGUCCGGCAUACAUCAGGACACAUCCGUGGGAUCAGCUGAAACACAAGUAGGCCCCAUUUCUCCUGAUGCCCCUCAAACAGACUUGGGCGCUGAUGAUCAAAAUCUCAGUCUUGACCCACCUAACUCAACUUUCAGAUCCCCAACAAAUGUUAUGCCCACUCAGGUAGGAUCAGUCACCUCAUUCAUUCCAUCUGCUGAACAACUUAACCCACCUGAGGUGCAGCGUGUAGUGGUUGAACACAUUGUUAAAACUUCAGACCUCAAUUCCCAGAUACACGCACCUGCCAAACUCAGACCAUUUUCUGGCAAAGUCCCAUGCCCAAACUUUGAGGUUGAUUAUGACACUUGGAGAAGCAAUAUUGAGUGUCACUUGGCUGACCCUUCUGUUUCUACUGCACAAAUGGUGAGACGCAUUGUUGAUAGUUUGCUUCCCCCUGCUGCUACUGUAGUCAAGUCACUUGGUCCCCAUGCAAGUCCAAAAGCUUUUCUAGACCUACUUGACUCAGCUUAUGCAACAGUGGAAGAUGGGGAUGAAAUUUUCGCCCAGUUUCUCAAUGUCAAUCAAAAUUCAGGUGAGAAACCUUCUAAUUAUCUGCAAAGAUUGCAGACAUUUUUGAACCGAAUCGUAAAAAUGAAAACCAUUGCACCCCAAGAUUCCGACAAGCAGCUCUUAAAACAGUUCUGUAGGGGCUGCUGGAACAAUGCGCUAAUUAACAAUCUCCAGCUUGAGCAACGGAAAUAUAACCCGCCCACUUUUCCAGAGUUUUUACUCCUUUUACGCACAGAGGAGGACAAACAGACUGCAAAAGCGAACAGGAUGAAACAACAUUUGGGGUUCCAAAAACCAAAAGCUCAAGCCUCAGCGCAAGCGCAUGAUGCAUAUCUGGGAGACACCUAUGAGUCAUCUCAAUCUUUCUCUGCCCAACCACAAGCUAUGCAACAACUUCAAAAGCAAAUUGUUGAGCUGCAGGCUCAAAUCGCAGCUCUUUCGAAUCCUAAACCACAACCAUCAGCUGCAAACAAACCUGCAAAGAAAAAAGAGAAAGAUAAACAAAAAGAGAAACCCGUCAGCAGAAAGACAUCAACCCCAAAACUCACAUCUGAAGCCACAUACGGGACAGUUAAACCAAAGCCAAAACCAUGGUACUGUUUUCGUUGUGGCGAGGAUGGGCAUAUCGCCACAAGCUGUAAUGAUCCUCCAAAUCCCACUUUAGUGAAUGCGAAAAGAACUCUUUUAAAAGAGAGACAACAAGCUUGGGAAAAAGAGAAUCCAGCUCCUGACAAAACUUUAAACUGAACUGUGUUUCUAUUGAGGGACAAAUGGAAACAAAUCAAACUGGAAGUCCCAUAACUGAACUAAAGACCAAACCGAAAGCUAAGUUAAAAGAACAUAGAGUAACAAAAUUCAAAACCUUACCUAAAGGACUUGUUGGUAGUAAGAGCACUGCUAAUGUUAAAGUUAAUGGCCUUGAGUGCAAUUCAUUACUUGAUACAGGGUCUCAGGUAACGACCAUGUCAUUGUCCUUCUAUAACAGUCACCUUUCCGAUCAUACUAUUCAUCCAGUUACGGACUUACUAGAGAUAGAAGGAGCAAAUGGUCAGUGUGUACCGUACCUGGGGUAUGUCAAAGUUACACUCCAGUUCCCAGAAGAGUUCAUUGACACUCAGCCUGAACUUGAGACUCUUGCUCUCAUAGUGCCCGAUGUUCGUUCCAAUAGUCUCACACCAUUGUUAAUCGGAACUAACACUCUUGAUCCACUUUACGAACAGUUCUGUGAUGGCAACUCCUUUCA